AUGGAUGAUGACCAACUCGCCCAGUUCAUGCAGAGACAUCUUCUCCCCAACGGGGAUUACCAUCUUCCCGUUAGUGGAUGGGACAAAUUGUCCGAGGAUGAACGAAGCCAUCUCGCUGAUAGACUAGAAGCCCAGAAGCGCAGCCGAGCCCAGGCUUGUUCCCAUCCACUCGAUCUCGUUGACCUCGAUGCUCGCCUACGUCAAGUGGCUCCUAACGAAAGCUUUACGCUACGACCUGAAUGUGAAGUUAUACAUUAUUCGAGGUCCCCCACACCACCAAUCGAUGUGACGAGAGACGAAAAGUUCGCUUAUCACGACCUUGUCAAUGAUGGCGGGCGCCCUGCAUACCCCAUCGGCCUUAUCCAGGAGGUAUACAGAGAUGCAACGAGAUACGUUGAGAUAUUGCGGCCUUGGCAGAAGUAUGAUGAUUCCCCUGAAGGCAUUUUUCAAGCACAAUUGCAAAGGUGGCAAAACUUCCGCAAGUGGCAAAACGACCACCGAGACCUUGAUGAUGAUGAUGGGGGGUUUCCAGCGUUUGUCGAGUGGACUAAGGACGUUGUACUGCGGGACUUUUUACCCAGAACACGUGAGAAGCGAUUGGCCGAGAUCGAGGCUGACCCAUCAUGCCUUAAGUCGAGGUGGGAUGAAAGGCAAUUUAUACGCGAGAGGCAGCGACGUCUCUGCAGGGAAAAGGGCAGCCGAGGGUUUCGCGAAUAUACCGAAGCGGUGAAGCGCCGACUUGCGCGCCACAACAUUGCACAAACGGUCGAGCUCGACGAGGAUCCCAAAAAACAGGACGAGCUGACGACAUGGAUCGAGUACCUCAACUACGAGUACUGGUGGCUUGACAAGUACGCCAGCGACAUCGAACGAUUGGAGCCUGAACACGAUAAGUUGUGGCAAGAGCUCGUUGAGAAGAAUAUUCUAAAACCUCACGAAACGACAGAGUUCGUGCGGACCGUUGCAUCAGCAAUGGAGGCCGAAAUGGAAAAGGAUAUGGGCCGCAAAGCUGUGCAGAGGGCGAAGUCCAAAGCCAAACGAAUCUACAUAUUAACUCAAAAAGAUCCAAAGCGUUUAGAUAUUCCCAGGGCAGAGCGAAUAUUGAUGUUAAAAAGGGCAAGCGAGGACAUACUUGCAGCAGGUCGACAAUUAGAAGAGGCGGUAAACCGAUCACGUCUAAUUACACAGUUUGUUCGGGCCACAUUCAGCUACCAUGGCGCGAAGACAAAUGCUGCUCGCCACCGCUUCCUUAUACAAUGGAUUUUGGACCAGCUGCGUCUGAUUGAGUCUGAGGUCAAUCUAUCAAGCGAAAACAGAUCUGGGUCUGAUGGUAAGAGGAGAACGAAGAGGAGGCGGACUAACGAUCAAGAGCAAGCGGAGAGACAAGAACCGAAAAGGGCGAGGAUCGACCUUCGGGAAUCUCGCAUGGCCAACAUAAGGACUCUGUCAAGAGUCACAGAGACGCGGGCAGAAAAACAAUCCGUCGCUAGCAAUUUGCCUCGGAAGGACGUUCCGACAGUCUUGGGAGGUUCUCGUCGCAGUGCACGUAUUGCAGCGCGUCGAGACGCUUCCAGAAGUUAUUGA